GAACUCACUAUCUACUAUUCUUCAACCAAUAGCGUAUAAUAGACAGUGCACACCUUGAUAUUCUACUAAACGUAGUUUUUUUCCCCAAUUCGUUAGACUUGCUUUCGAUAUAUGGCCGUUUAAUCGAGGAUAAAGGAGAAAAUAUCGCAAUAUAAAAAAUGAAUCACACGACCAAAUGGACUAUUUGGAUUGUGUUGAUUUUCACGUUACAUUCGUGUUUAGUUUUUACUCAGUUGUGUGGUGGUGGUGGUUGUAAUCAAUGCAGUAAUGUUUGUGUUGGUCAAAAAGGAGACAGGGGUUCUGUUGGUCUGCCUGGAUUUAAAGGACCUAUUGGUGAGCCUGGAUUUCCUGGAGGAGAAGGUCCUGCUGGAAGGCCUGGAGAGAAAGGAGAUGGUGGUGCCCCUGGUUUACAAGGAGAAGUUGGUGCUAGAGGUAAAGUAGGACCACCUGGAACACCUGGAAUCCCAGGUUCUCAUGGUCGACCUGGAGACGAAGGAAGACAAGGGGAGCCAGGUCUACCAGGGUGCAACGGAACCAAGGGAGAUAUUGGUCCUCCUGGUCCUCGUGGUAAAGAUGGAGUUCAAGGACCAUCUGGAUUACCCGGACCAAUUGGUCCUCCAGGAGAACCAGGCGAUUCUACUGCAACAAAGUUAAAAGGUCAAAAAGGAGAACCAGGACCAAAAAGUCAAGACGGACCAGCUGGUGACCCAGGAACAAAAGGCGAUAAAGGAGAACCUGGAAAAGCAGGAAGAAUGGGUCCACAAGGUUUGCGUGGUGAGAAAGGGGCUAGAGGUGAUUCUAAUAUUACCAUAGUUGGAGAACGUGGUGAUAAAGGGGACAUUGGCUUACCAGGACCACCAGGCAGAGACUGUAAUGGAAGUUCAGUUACUGGAGAACUUAUAACAAAUAUUCAAGGCCCAAAAGGUGAGCAAGGUAAAAAAGGAGAUCAAGGACAAAAAGGAGAACCAGGACAACCUGGUCAAGCUGGAGAAGCGGGUCAGGAUGGUCAAAAAGGAGAAAAAGGUGAUAAAGGAGAGAUUGGUAGUGCUGGACCUUCUGGAAUUCAAGGUGAAAAAGGUGAUAUUGGUGCAACUGGUGCAGCUGGUACAAAAGGGGAACCAGGGUCUGAUGGCUCUCUAGGUUCACCAGGCCAGAAAGGUGAUCAUGGAACCAAAGGUUCUGAAGGUCCUGUUGGUGAUCGAGGUAAACAAGGAGAAAGCAUAACUGGACCACCUGGGCAAAUAGGUGAAAAGGGACAGCGUGGACCAGAAGGAAAAAAAGGAGAACCUGGUCCAGAAGGGCCUCCUGGACCUAAUGGUGAAGUAGGAGAUACUGGACCUCCAGGUCUUAAAGGUUUAAAAGGUGAGAUAGGUAUGACUGGUCCAAGUGGUGAACCUGGAAAAACUGGAGCAGAAGGAAUGAAAGGACCAAUUGGACCUGCUGGUCAGCGAGGAGAAACAGGAUCAAAAGGAGAGUCUGGAAGACCAGGUCAAAGUGUACAAGGUAGUCCUGGUAUGGAUGGUAAUCCUGGGCAAAUCGGACCUCCUGGAGAACCUGGAAUUCCUGGUUUUCCAGGUCCACCUGGAAAUCCUGGUCAAGUUAUAAAUGAUCUAGGUGAAACAGUAUUACCAGGCCCUCCAGGUGAUCAAGGUCCUCAAGGUAUUCAAGGUGUUGCAGGACCACAAGGAAGUCCAGGUAUUAGAGGAGAUAAAGGAGAUGCUUGCAAAUCAUGCCCAAGUGGCCCGCAAGGAGAAAAGGGUGUAGCAGGACAAGAUGGUCUUCCGGGUGCUAAUGGAGAAAAAGGUGAUAAAGGAGAUGAAGGUAAACCUGGUCUUGAAGGAAGUGUUGGUGAUCCAGGUGAAAGUGGACUAACCGGACCACAAGGACCUAUUGGUGAAAAAGGUGACACAGGUGCUAAAGGAAAUAAAGGGGAGCGUGGAUCUGAUAGGAUUGUUCAAGGAGAACGUGGUGAAAAAGGUACUGAUGGUAUGCCAGGAUCUCCUGGUUCCAUAGGAUUUAAAGGUGAACAGGGGGUUCCUGGUGAUCCAGGUACUGAUGGACCACAAGGACCUCAAGGACUUCAAGGUCCUCAAGGUGAUCGUGGUGCUCCUGGUAAAUCAGGUAUACCAGGCAAUAACGGAGAGAAAGGUGAAAAGGGAAAUAAAGGGGAUGGCUUACGUGGAUUUAAAGGUGAGCGUGGUCGUGAUGGAGAACCAGGACCAAAAGGAUCUCAAGGACCAAUGGGUAAACCAGGACCUAAAGGAGAACCAUUUUCUACAGCUUUAAAAGGACAACAAGGUGAUAAAGGAGAUGUUGGUUCAGAAGGUCCACCUGGACCUCAAGGAGCUGAAGGGCAAGUAGGAAACCAGGGAUUUAAAGGUGAGCCAGGACUCAGAGGUGCACCAGGAAGUGGAGAAAAAGGAGAGAAGGGUGAUGCUGGCACACCAGGAAUAGCAGGGAAAAAUGGAGAAAAUGGUAAGGAUGGUCAAGAUGGACCGAAAGGUGACAAAGGUGAAAAAGGCCUGCAAGGACCAAUUGGUAUUUCUGGUCCAAUUAAAGGUGAACCUGGUUUAAAAGGUGAUCCAGGUAAACCUGGGCUUGAUGGCGCUCCUGGAAAAUCUGUACCAAAAGGUGAACCUGGUAGAGAUGGAAAAGAUGGAGAUCCAGGAGCUAAAGGUGAACCAGGCACUCCUGGUGAAAGCGGUCGUGAUGGGGAAAAAGGUGAAAUUGGACCUCAAGGCCCUCAGGGUGAUAAAGGAGAUCAAGGGCAAUCAGUGAUAGGUCCAAAGGGUGAAACCGGUGCUAUAGGUAAAAAAGGAGAAACUGGUCAAGAUGGCUUGAAAGGCAGAGAUGGAAUAGGUAAACAAGGAGCUAACGGUGAAAAGGGUGAAAAAGGAAACUCAGUAGUUGGUUUGCCAGGUGAUCCUGGAGAAAAAGGUUCACCAGGAGAAAAAGGCAAAGAUGGAAUUUCUGGAAAACAAGGAAAACCUGGACCACCUGGAAAAGAUGGUGUUGAUGGCACUCCUGGUAAAGAUGGUUUGCCUGGAAAUCCAGGCCCAGAAGGACCUAAAGGCGAAAAAGGAGUUACUGGACCAACUGGUUUAGAUGGGGAAAAAGGAGAGCCUGGAUACAGUGGACAAAAAGGUGCCAAGGGAGAAACUGGUGUUCGUGGAAAACCUGGAGCCACAAGUAAUGUAAUGGGACCAAAAGGAAAUCGUGGGGAGUCUGGUGCUAAAGGCGAACCAGGAAAACAAGGACCACCUGGGGCUGAGGGACCUCAAGGUGAAAAAGGAGAAAGAGGUAUUGGCACAGAUAAAGGUACUAAAGGGGAUACAGGUGAUAUAGGAUUACAAGGACCUAAAGGAGAAAGAGGAGAACGAGGUGAACAAGGUCGAAAAGGAGAUCAAGGUCCUAUAGGACCAAAAGGAGAUGUCGGAGAACCUGGUCCAGCUGGGUCAAUCGGAAACACAGGUAUUUCUGGCAAUGAUGGACCUAAAGGUGAAUCUGGACCUCCAGGUAUUAAAGGUGAACCUGGUUCAGUUGGAAGUAUUGGACCUAAAGGAAGCAAAGGAGAGCAGGGUGAAAAAGGAGAGAGAGGAAGCACACUGAAAGGAAAUCCUGGUCCUGAAGGACCUCGCGGCCCCACAGGUCCACCCGGACCAGCUGGAAAAGACUAUAUACUUGAUCUUGAAGUCGGUCCUUUGGGGGAAAAACCAACCAAAGGUGAGCCAGGAGAAGAUGGACCAAAGGGAGAUAAAGGUGAUAUUGGUGAAACUGGCUCACAAGGAACUAAAGGUGAAAAAGGUGUUCCGGGUUCUAAAGGAGAAAAAGGAGAGCAAGGUUUAGAAGGACCAAAAGGCUUGGAAGGAAGAGUUGGUUUAGCUGGAUCAAAAGGGGACAAAGGUAUAAAAGGAGUUAUUGGAAAGCCUGGUCCAACUGGAGAUAAAGGUGAAAAAGGUUUACAAGGUUUUAAAGGAGAUACAGGACCACAAGGAAUCCAAGGAAAAGAAGGAGAGCCAGGAAGAGAAGGAGCAAAAGGACUUAAAGGAGAAGUAGGAGCUGAAGGAAAAAUGGGACCACCUUGUGAUGCCGGAGCUACAAUUAUUGGUGAAAAAGGUGAUAGAGGAGAAAAAGGUGAAGCUGGACAGCGUGGUUACAAAGGAGAACCAGGUCCAUCUAGUCAACUAACUAUUAAUCCAGGCGCUAAAGGUGAACAAGGAGAUAGAGGAAUUAAAGGAGAGAAGGGGAAUAUUGGACCAAAAGGUAUAAAUGGUCCAUUUGGUAAAGAUGGUUCAAUUGGACCUGAGGGACCAAAAGGAGAUUCUGGUCAAAAAGGAGAAACUGGUUUAGAUGGUCCAAAAGGAGAAAAAGGGCAGCCAGCAAUAGGAACAGGUCCAAAAGGUGAAAAAGGUGAUCAAGGGCCUCCUGGUCCACAAGGCCCCCAGGGUGAUAUUGGAGAAAAGGGUGAUAUUGGACCGCAAGGAGAAACUGGCGAUAUUGGACCACAAGGAAUAAAAGGAGAAUUCGGUAUAGCUGGUAUUAAAGGUGAAACUGGUCCUCCUGGUCUACAAGGUCCUAUUGGUUUGAAGGGAGACCAAGGACCGCCUGGUGAUGCAGGUAAAGUAGGUCCUCCUGGUCGUAGUGGCUCUGGUGAUUUUGGGUUUUAUCUUGUCAAGCACAGUCAAUCUAUCAAGGUUCCAUCUUGUCCGGCAGGAAUGCAAACUAUGUGGGAAGGUUAUAGUUUCUUAUAUGCACAAGGUAAUGAACGUGCGUUUGGUCAAGAUUUAGGUCAACCUGGCUCUUGUCUUAAACGAUUUAGCACAAUGCCUUUCUUAUUUUGCGAUAUUCAAAAUAAGUGCGUUGUUGCAUCAAGAAACGACUAUUCUUUCUGGCUUUCUACUGCAGAAAAACCAAAGGAAGCACCAUCGAGUGGAGCUGAUCUUGAGAACUACAUUUCACGUUGUAUUGUAUGCGAGGCACCGUCCCACGUUCUAGCUGUUCACAGUCAAAGUGAACUAGAUCCAAAAUGCCCAGAUGGAUGGGAAAAUCUAUGGACUGGAUUUAGUUUCCUAAUGUACAACAGUGCCGGUGCUCAAGGAUCCGGUCAAUUGUUAUCUUCAUCUGGCUCUUGUUUGGAAGAUUUUCGUGUUAAUCCAUAUAUUGAAUGCCACGGUCGGGGAACAUGUUGGUACUACGGCCCUACUCUUAGUUUUUGGUUAUCUACUAUUGGCGAAAGUAACAUGUUUCAAGUUCCAAAAUCUGAAAUUCUUGAAAGAAAUCUUAAAGCACGAGUCAGUCGCUGUGCUGUUUGCAUGAAAUCUGUUCCUCAAGACUCAGCGAACUACAACAAAGAACCUUAGUGUUGCAAAAGAGCCUUAAUAUUAUACAAGGAUCACUGUGUGAUCCGUAUACAAUUUAUAUCAACUGACAUUUUUUUAAAAUCAAAAUUCAUUAUUUUAAAAACUAUUUAUAUUUAGAUAUCGCACUUCUGUUUUUAGAAUGCAAUUUUUAAAGGGAUUUACAUGAUUUGAUUACGUAAAAAAUAAUUUGUUACGAAACAGUUUUUGGUUAACAAUUUCAUCACAUUUAGCUGUCCAUUAUUUUAUGAUCUAAUACCUAGAAAACCUAAAUCAAGUAAUAUGAACCAAUCAAACCAAUGUUCGAAUUUCCCACGUUUUUGGUUAUUUUGUGUCUUAUCUUUUCCGCACUUUUUAAUUACAUGUUAACUAAUUUUUAGAAUUAUUUAAGUUGUUCUUUUUAAGAAUGUAUAGGAAACAUAUUUUUACUUUUUUAUAUAAAUACGUGAGUUUUGUAGAUAAAUAAGUAGACGUCUA